AUGUCCAACAUUUGUAUUCUGUGUAUGAAAAGAGUUCCUAAGUAUUCAAUCUCCAAGAUUUCUGUACACGUAUUUCCAUCGUGUCCAAAAAAACGGCAGAUCUGGCUCAACCAGUGUAAAUUAGCCAAUGAAGAAGUCUUACGAAAUCAUAAAAUAUGUUCAUUUCACUUUGAGCCAAGUUGUUUCAAAACUGGUUUAAAGAGGCGUUUACUUAAUCGUGAUGCUGUACCAACAAUUUUUGGAAAAGACCUUGUUAAAACAACAAAUCUGCCAUUAAAAAACGUGAAAGGAAAACCAAAAAAUAUGAUCAAGGACAGGAUUGCCGUCCAGCAUCGUCAUAUUUCAUCAACUAAAGCUAUUAAAAAUGGGAUUGCUUUUCAUAAUCUUCGAUCUCAUGAUAUUUCAUUAGGAGCUGCUAAGAAAGUGAUUGCCAGUCAGAAUCGUCAAUCACUUGAUAUUUCACCUUCAAAAGUGGCUAGUAAAAGGAUUUCCCGUCAGAAUAGUGAGCCUCGUGAUAUUCCAUUGACAAGAUUAGCUAAAAAAAUGUUAGCUGAGAAGAAUUGUCAGUCUUGUGGUUUUUCAAAAAUGGAAGAUAUUAAAAAAAAAAUGUAUGCCCAAAAACAUGAAUCUUGUCAUGUUCCAUUAACAAGAGUUCUGAGUAAAGAGAUUUCUGGUCGGAAUCGGGAGUCUUGUCAUUUAUCAUUAACAGAAGCUACUGAAAAAUUGAUUGCCUGUAAGAAUCAUCAUUCUCAUGAUAUUUUACCGGUAAAAACUGUUAAAAAAGGGAUUCCCAGUCAGAAUACUCGGUCUCGUAAUAUUUCACAGAAAAUAACUCCUAAGAAAGUGAUUUCCAGUCGGAAUAGUCAGUCUCAUGAUAUGUCAUCUACAAAAACUGCUAAGAAAGUGAUUUCAAGUCGGAAUAGUCAGUGUCAUAAUAUUUCACCGAAAAAAACUGUUGAAAAAGGGAUUCCCAGUCAGAAUACUAGGUCUCUUAAUAUUUCACAGACAAUAACUCCUAAGAAAGUGAUUCCCAGUCGGCAUAGUCAGUCUCAUGAUAUUUCACCGAAAAAAACUGUUGAAAAAGGGAUUCCCAGUCAGAAUACUAGGUCUCUUAAUAUUUCACAGACAAUAACUCCUAAGAAAGUGAUUCCCAGUCAGCAUAGUCAGUCUCAUGAUAUUUCACCGAAAAAAACUGUUGAAAAAUGGAUUUCCAGUCAGAAUACUCUGUCUCGUAAUAUUUCACAGACAAUAACUACUAAGAAAGUGAUUCCCUGUCGGAAUAGUCAGUCUCAUGAUAUUUCACUGAAAAAAACUGUUGAAAAAGGGAUUCCCAAUCAGAAAACUCGGUCUUAUGAUAUUUCGCCGACAAUAACUGCUGAAAAAGUUACUUCCAGUAGGAAUAGUCAGUCUUGUGAUACUCCACUGACAAAAGGUAUUCAUAAAAUGAAAUCCGGUCAGAACCAUGUGUCUCAUGGUAAAUUGCCAACAGGAGUUUUUGAACCAGGAUUAUUUAAACGUUCAAUGAGUAUUGUAGAAUAUUAUAAAAGACAACUUGAUUUGCAAAAUGAAACUAUCGCGGAAUUAGAAAAGGAAAAGGCAUCACUUACAUCUCAAUUGGAAAUUGCAAUGAAUAAAAGCUUAUUGGCUAAGAUUGCAAAGCGAUUUGCACCCGUUAGUUAG